AUGAUGCAUAUGAGACGGUCCUUGCAGUCCUCCCUUUGCGAGGAGGUGUGCGGAGUCGCCGCAGAAAGGAAACGCCAAGGUUGCGAGGAAGAGGGAAAGGUGCCAAGGCUUCUUCAGGAGUCAUCUACUGAUUUGCUCACAUCAGAACUGAAUCCACCAGAGGUCCAGAAGAUGGAGUCCCCUGGGGAGACCAAACAAGAGGGUGAUGGAGAGGCCUGUUUGCUGGGUGCUGGACAAGUGAAUGAGGGGGAGGAGCAGAAUCGUGAGCUGGGACGAUGUGAACAAAUUGAUCUCAACAGUACCUCAGUGGGUGGAGCCAAAGGAAUGACUUUCCAGAGGCCUAAAAUAUUCCAAACAUCUAAAAGAAAAAAGAAAGUGUUUGUAUGCUCAGAGUGUGGGAAAAGCUUUGAUCGGAAAUCGUUUCUCUCUGACCAUCAGAUGACACAUACGGGAGAGAAGCCGCAUCAAUGCUUAGAGUGCGGGAAAUGCUUUGAAUAUAAAGGGCUUCUUGUUAAACAUGGAAAAUCCCACACAGUUGAGAGGCCAUAUAAGUGCCUUGAAUGUGGGAAAGCCUUUCGUUCCAGUACCAUCCUUUCGGAUCAUGAAAGAAUCCAUACAGGAGAGAAGCCAUAUACUUGCACAGAAUGCAGGAAAAGCUUUGCUAGGAGUAGCCAACUUGUAAGCCAUCAGCGAAUCCAUUCAGGUGAGAAAUUGUAUCCAUGCGCAGAGUGUGACAAAGGUUACAAUUCUAGAGCCAGCCUUACCGUCCAUGAGAGAAGUCACACAGGAGAGAAACCAUAUGAAUGUUGUGAAUGUGGGAAAAGCUUUAGUCAAAAAUCCCACCUUACUACUCACAAGAGAAUCCACACUGGAGAGAGGCCGCACACGUGCCAGCAAUGUGGGAAAAACUUCCGCCAAAAAAAUGACCUUGUUUUACACGAGAGAACACAUUCAGGCGAAAAACCCUACCACUGCCCAAAAUGUGGAAAAUGCUUCAGUCAGAGUUCUCAGCUUUAUGUACAUGAAAGAAUCCAUACUGGAGAGAAACCAUACCGAUGCUCGGAGUAUUGUGGCAAAAGCUACAGUAAGUCUUCGCAUCUCACUAGGCACAAGGAAACCCAUGUGGGAGAGAAGCCACACGAGUGUCCAGACUGUGGGAAAAGGUUCACCCAGAACAGCCAUCUUUUUCUACACAAAAGAAUCCAUACGGGAGAGAAACCAUUCAGAUGCACAGAUUGUGGGAAGAACUUUCGUUGGGAAGGGAGUCUGAACAAGCACAAAAGAACUCACACAGGAGAGAAACCAUACAAAUGUUCAGACUGUGGGGAAUGCUUUAGUUUUAACUGCGCUCUUAAAAUACAUAAAAGGAUACAUACAGGGGAGAAACCGUAUCAGUGCUCAGUCUGUGGGAAAUGCUUCAGGCAGACUUCAACCCGUAAUGUACAUAUGAGAAUCCAUUCAGGAGGGGAUCUAAAAGAGAACUCUGAGAAGUUCUGA